AUGACCGUCAGCACCACAUCUAUACACCAGUCCUCCCAAUUGACAUCUAAGAACUUCAUGAAAAAGAAAACAAUGCCUCUCUAUCAGCGAGAGCAGGCCAUGACAGACGUACCAGCCUCUACUGCUGUGGUGAUGCCCGCCAUGCUGCCGUCAAUGGCUCUGCCGAGCUGCCGCAGCCUGUUCCCCACUGAAGACGCCAACAGGUCUGUCGCCGACGACUACCAGGAAGAAGAAGAAGAAGAAGAAGAAGUGAAGUUGAAGUUGAAGUUGAAGUCGAAAAAAAGGCCCUUGAAGUCUUUCCCUUUUAGGCUCGCUCGUCAGGUGACUUGGCCUGAUCACGACAUCUGCAAACAGCGCAAACUCGGCUCGACUUGGAUCUCGGUCGAGACAGCAGAUAGAGAAGAAGAAGAGAAGAAGAAGAGAGAAGAAGAAAAGAAAAGAAAGGCUCAGGUUCUGCUCUGCUAA